AUGCCGCCUCCAGCUCUGCCCCGCUCGCUUCGCGUUAUCCUCCAGCAUUUACUGUCCGGCGACUCUCCUGUCACCACUUUUGCUGUAGGCGGCCCUGCACGGACCAAGAAACUGGCGCAAGUCAGCUCUUCGCCGCUCAGGACGCCCUCGGACGCACCAAGACGCCUUCGACGCGGCCCGCCACCUCCACCGCAUGCGCGGUCGCCAGCCGAGGACUCCGCCUGCGCCUCGCAGCCGCCCUCGGACACACGCGAGCCUGCACGCCCUCCAAAGCACAAGAAGCGCAAGUUUGCCGACGCGCGUGCGCUAGCGCGGGCGAACCCGUGGCUAGACAUUGAGGCGACGCACUCGGGGAGCGAGGCCGAGGACGGCGCGCUGGAGGACGCGGACGCGUCCAGCGAUGUCGGCUUCGCAGGCGAUUUUUCCGCGACUCAGGCUCCCGCGGGGUACGACCAGGUGGUGGUGUACUGCAGAAGUUUCCUGAUGCAGGCCGCGUUGACCGCGAGCGUGCCCAUGUUUGCGCAUGCACCCGUCAGCAGGGGCGUGCUGUGUGCGGGGGCUGUACGAGAUGGUGUGUGCGAGCGCGGGCUGCUCCCGAGGAGCUCGCCGAGGGAGCUGGAUAGCGAAGACGCGUACGAGCCGAGGACGUUUAUUGUGAAUGACGACGAGGAGAUAUUGUAUGUCCGGGCUUCGUCGAUCCUGAGUCAGUGA